AUGUCGUCGGUCGUUGCCUACAAUGGCACCACAGGGAAAGCAGACGACGGUCACUCGACCGGCGUCAGCGACCUCAACAUCUUCUACGACCCCGGUCAAAUGGCCUGGAUCCUCGUCAGCUCCGCCCUCGUCCUGCUUAUGAUUCCCGGCGUGGGUUUCUUCUACAGUGGUCUCGCGCGCCGCAAGUCGGCCCUCCAGCUCAUCCUCCUGUCCAUGGUCUCAGUCGGCGUCAUCAGCUUCCAGUGGUUCUUCUGGGGCUACUCGCUCACUUUUUCGCGAACCGGAAAUGCCUUCCUCGGCGACCUGACGCAGUUUGGUCUGAUGAAGACGCUGGCUCAGCCCAACGGCUCAGCUAACCUUCCUGAUAUCCUCUUCUGUCUCUACCAGGGCAUGUUUGCUGCCAUUACUCCCGCCCUCGCCAUCGGUGCCGUCGCCGACCGUGGCCGCAUGCUCCCCGCCAUUGUCUUCAUGUUCAUCUGGUCCACCGUCGUCUACGAUCCCAUCGCCUACUGGACCUGGAACAGCAACGGCUGGCUCUUCAAGCUCCCCUCGUACGACUUCGCCGGAGGCGGUCCCGUCCACAUCGCCUCGGGCACCUGCGCCCUCGCCUACAGCAUCAUGCUCGGCAAGCGCACCGGCUACAACAAGAACAACGGCCUGCCCUACCGCCCCCACAGCGUCACAAACGUCGUCGUCGGCACUGUUUUCCUCUGGGUCGGCUGGUUCGGCUUCAACGGUGGUUCCGCCCUGGGCAUGAACAUUCGCGCCGUCAUGGCCUGCUUCGUCACCAACUUGGCUGCCUCCGUCGGUGGUGUCACUUGGAUCCUGCUCGACUAUCGUCUGGAGAAGAAAUGGAGCACUAUUGGCUUCUGCUCCGGCGCCAUUGCCGGCCUUGUUGCGAUUACGCCCGCUUCUGGUUUCGUCACUCCUUGGGGAGGCUUCAUCAUCGGCGUUGUCGGUGCCAUUUGCUGCAACUUUGCCACCAAGCUCAAGUUCCUCAUUGGCGUUGACGAUGCUCUCGACAUCUUUGCCGUCCACGGCAUCGGCGGUAUGGCCGGCAACAUCAUGACGGGUAUCUUUGGAACCUCCUCCAUCGCCUCCCUCGACGGCGGCUCCUACCCCCCCAUCGGCUGGAUCCAGCACCACUGGGUCCAGCUCGGCAACCAGCUCGCCGGCAUCUGCGCCGCCUUCGGCUGGUCCUUUACCCUCUCCUGCAUCAUCCUCUUCCUCAUGAACCUCAUCCCGGGCCUGUCCCUCCGCGUCAGCGCCGAGGACGAGGAGGUCGGCGUGGACGACUGCCAGCUCGGCGAGUUUGCGUACGACUACGUUGAGCUGACGAGGCAUGUUACUGAUGGUGUGGCGCUGUCUACCCCGGCGGUUAUGAGCAGCAGCAGUUCCACGGCGGAGAAGCAUUCUGCUGAGAAGACGCCUGUUGAGACUGUUUGA